CCGCACACUUUUGGCCACUGGACGGGAGAGGGGGGACGGAGGCUGCAUGUGCGCAGCGUCGCUCGCGGAUCUCCCGAGACUGAUCUCAGCAUCCCGCAGGCUCAGUCAAAAGCAGCGACGAAACAUCAGCCGCUGCCAGACAUGGAUGAAGGAAUCUCCCGCUUGCCGGAGAGGCAGCUACUGGAGCAUAGGGAUUUUAUAGGGCUGGACUACCCUGCCCUGUAUAUGUGCAAACCCAAAAGAGGAGUGAAGAGGGACGACAGCAAGGAAACGUACAAACUGCCACAUAGACUGAUAGAAAAGAAGAGGCGAGACAGGAUUAACGAAUGCAUUGCCCAGCUGAAGGAUUUACUGCCCGAGCAUCUGAAACUAACGACGCUGGGACACCUGGAGAAAGCGGUGGUGCUGGAACUGACUUUGAAGCACUUGAAAGCGCUAACAGCCUUAACAGAGCAGCAGCACCAGAAGAUAAUUGCUUUGCAGAAUGGGGAGCGGUCCAUGAAGUCUCCGGUGCAGGCCGACCUGGACGCUUUCCACUCGGGCUUUCAGACGUGCGCGAAGGAAGUGCUGCAGUACCUCUCCCGCUUCGAGAGCUGGACCCCCCGCGAGCAGCGAUGCGCGCAGCUCCUCGGCCACCUGCACUCCAUCUCGUCGCAGUUCCUCUCCGGCCCUCAGCUCUUCUCCCCACCGCCAGGACCCCUCAGCAAGGGAUCCUCCUCCUCUUCCUCCCCGCCCGCCCCCCACUGCGCGCCGGGCCACAAGCCGGAGGGCCAGGCUAACUGCGUGCCCGUCAUCCAGCGGACUCACGCCGCCGAGCUCAGCGCCGAGACCGACACGGACACGGACAGCGGCUACGGCGGGGAGGGCGAGGCGCGCCCCGAGCGCGGCCCCGCGGCGGCGGCUGGCGGAGCGCUGCCCGCCCUGGCCAUCAAGCAGGAGCCGUCGGGGGACGAGCUGCCCCCUGCGCCCAAGCGGCUGAAGCUGGACCGCGGCGGGAGCCCCAUGCCCAGCCCGCCGGGGCUGGCGACGUGGGGAGCCGAGGCGGCGGCGGCGGCAGCGGCGGCCGCGCUGGUCAGACCCGACGCCGCCCUGCUGGGCUCGCUGAUGGCCCUGGGGGCGGGCGGCGGCGGGGGCCCCUUCGGACAGCCGGCGGCGGCCCCUUUCUGCCUGCCCUUCUACUUCAUCUCCCCCUCGGCCGCCGCCGCCUACAUGCAGCCCUUCCUGGAUAAAAGCAGCCUGGAGAAGUAUCUCUACCCCGCCGCCCCCAUCCCGCUCCUCUACCCGGGCAUCCCGGCCCAGGCAGCCGCCGCCGCGGCAGCUGCCGCCGCCUCCUUUCCCUGCCUCUCCUCCGUGCUCGGCCCCGAGAAGGCGGCGGCGGCCGCCACCGGGCUGCCCCCGACGCCCCACCUCCCGCACCCCUUCGCUGCCUCCGCCGAGCCCGGCGAGGAGCCCGAGCCCGCAGCUGCCGAGGAGCCCGGCGCCGAGGGCCCGUGAGACGCCCCGGGGGCUCCUCGCCGCCGCUGCCCUCCCCUCGGACUGAGGGGCCGUCGGGCCCGCACUUGCGCCCCCGGGUUCCUACGGAGGGCAGGGGUCGCCGGGGCCGGUGAUCGCCGGGAGCUGGCGGCCGCGGGAUGUCGGGCCCGGCCCGGGGGUGUUCCGCUGCCGGGGCGGCAGAUCCCGGAGCGACCCCCGCAGAGGACCGUCGAGGAUAAAAUUUGUUACUCAGUAUUUUUUUAAUGUUUGGCUUUAUAAAUGCAUAAAUAAGGAAAACAAAACAAAACAAAAACAAAAAAAAAAAAAAAG